UGGCAAAACAAAAAAGAUUAGCUUUCCAAUCACACAAUCAUCGAGCAUCCACUCUUUUUGACACUAUACAUGCUGAUGUUUAGGGACCCCUUUCUACAUGUUCAUAUAUUGGUUAUAGAUAGUUUCUUACUUUGGUUGAUGAUCAUAAUAGAUAUACUUGGGUGUUUUUGAUGAAAAAGAAGUCUGAUGUUCUUUCUAUCAUUCUACAUCGUUUUGCAUAUGUAGAAACUCAAUACAAUAAAAGAAUCAAAGUUUUUCGUUCAGACAAUGCCCCCGAAUUAUGUUUUAUUGAAUUUUUUCUUCAGAAGGGUGUUAUUUAUCAGUUUUCUUGUGUGGGAAGACCAGAGCAAAACUCUCUUGUUGAGAGAAAAUAUCAGCACAUAAUGAAUGUUGCUCGAGCCCUUUUCUUUCAGUCUCGAGUGUCUUUGCAUUUUUGGAGUGAAUGUAUCCUGACUUGGUCUUCCUCAUCAAACGUACUCCAUCACCUCUCUUAAGCUGAAGACUCCCUAUGAACUUUUACAUGCCACGACUGCUUAUUACUCUCUUUUUCGAACUUUCGGAUGGUUAUGUUUUGCAUCUACUUUACAGAAUGGCCGGACCAAGUUUCAACCACGUGCCACAGCUGCCGUUUUUGUUGGCUAUCCACCUGGCCAAAUCCACUUUGAAGACGAUUGGCAGGGAUAAACAACAUGAUGGUUUGUAUCUUCUGGAGAAUCCAUAUGAAGCUGUUGAUUUUGUACAUGCUUCGUCUACUAUCAAUGUUGUUUCACAAUCUUCGACUGAGUUGUGGCAUUCCAGGCUUGGUCACCCUUCUCUAUCUCGUUUAUCUGCUUUAAAGAUCAUUUUGUCUCUACCAUUUCAUUACAUCAUUCACAUCUUUGUGAAAUCUGUCCGUUGGCAAAACAAAAAAGAUUAGCUUUCCAAUCACACAAUCAUCGAGCAUCCACUCUUUUUGACACUAUACAUGCUGAUGUUUAGGGACCCAUUUCUACAUGUUCAUAUGCUGGUUAUAGAUAUUUUCUUACUUUGGUUGAUGAUCAUAGUUGAUACACUUAGGUGUUUUUGAUGAUCAUAGUGGUGAGGAAAUGAUAAAAUAUGAGAAAAUUACUUUUCUUUCCCUUUACUGAUAUAUUCAGUUUUUCCUUAUUAAUAGUUAUACCUUUGAGGGUCAAACAACAACUGUAAAUGUGUCAAAAUUCAUAAUUUUUCCUUUGGGACAGUAACAAUAAUGGUAACGAUAAUGAUC